AUGUCACCGAUCUUUUGCAAGCCAAAACUCAUCCCAUUAAAGACGAUUACUAUGGAAAAACUCGAAAAAAUGCAGCAAGACGCAAUUGAGAAAUUGAAAGCGCUUGAAGAGGCGGAAGAAGCCGAGCAAAAGGCCAGUAAACAGUCAAACGCACCCGAAGAUGAAAGCAAAAGCGAAAACGAAACAAACAUUUGGAAAGCUGAUGAA